ACUAUUGAAGUUGGUAAAGAUCCUAACGUAAAAAUAUUUCGUGCACAUAUGAUUAUCCUAUGUCAUCGUUCUCCAUUUUUACGGAGAACUUUAACUUCGAAUAAAAAGAAUAAUGAUGUCUUAGCUCAUAUUAAAUUACCAAAUAUUUUACCAAAAACCUUUCAAAUUAUUUUAAGGUAUCUUUAUGGUGGAAUUCUUUCAUUAAAUGGAC